AUGUCCGCUGCGCUCGAGGAUACACCCGUGUCCUACGAAGACCUGGCAGACCUUGAGCGCGACUUUGACGACGCUGAGACCGAGAUCAUUCGUCAACAAGUCGCCCUGACCGCACCCCUCUACGAACGUCGCAACAAGAUUGUCUCGCAGAUUCCCAAUUUCUGGCCGCUGGUCCUCGAACAAGCUCCACCAGACAUCGAUCAAUACAUUCAACCUUCUGAUUCCGCGCUUCUCCUCUCCCAUCUAACCUCGCUAUCCGUUGACCGUUUCGAACUCGAUCUCUCCUCGAAACCUAUCACAGGCGAUCCUCGGUCUCUCAGCAUCCGUUUCGAAUUUUCUGAAAACGAGCUUUUCUCAGACAGUGUUUUGGAAAAGAAGUUUUGGUAUCGCAGAUCCAAGGAUGGUUCAGCUGGUCUAGUCAGCGAGCCGGUGCGAAUAGAGUGGAAGAAGAAUAAGGAUCUGACUGAUGGACUACUGGACAUGGUCUGCGAUGCUCGGGCUGCGGAAUUGAAGACAGCAACUGGGAAUACGGCGGCACACAAUGGUUCGAAGUUGUCACCAGAGCAAGAAAAGCUAAAGACCAAGAUUGAUUCUACUGGUAUGGGAGGCCUUUCAUUCUUCGCUUGGUUUGGAUUCAUUGGGAGAAAGGUCAGCGCAGAGGAAAGCGCAGAAGCGACAGCGAAGGAUGAAGAGAGCAGGAGGUCGCGCGAAGCCAAAAAGAGUGCUGCACCAAAUACGGAUGACGUUGUGGUGGUGGAGGAUGACGAAGACGAAGAAGAUGAGGAUUUAGAUAUGGGCUUAGAGAUAUUCCCCGACGGUGAUGAGCUUGCCAUUGCCUUUACUGAGGAUUUGUGGCCGGGCGCCAUCAAGUAUUUCACACAAGCACAAGAGCAAGAUGCGCUUUCUGACGCCGACUUUGAAUCUGGCGAUGAAGAAAUUAACGGUCUUCUGGAACAGUCUGCUACUGACGACAGUAGCUCCGACGACGGUAACAAUAGGCCAGCGAAGAAAGCACGUCGUUGA